CUCAUCUUGUUGAUCUCUACUUCAACCGCUCUGCUCAUUGGUCAAAGUCUGUUGUGCAGCUUCCUGAUGCAACCACGAGCCUGGACCUGGUGUGAGUGGUGUGUGAGGAUGAAGCUGUCAGUGUUGUUUCUACUGGUCCUGCUGGCUCUGUCCUCAGCCAGCCUCCAGGACAUAGUAAAGAUUAGCUCACAGCACAAAAAUGUCUCCAUAUCGAACCAAGGUCCAGAGGACAGGAUUCCUGAAAUCAUCUCUAACAGAACAAUGCUAAAACAUCGAAGACCGAAGAGACAUGCUCAACCUCCACCCUUACAUUAUAAUAGCGCCAACCUGAAAUGGGUGACCUGGAACGGCUCUCUCCCUAACAGUUCUGUGUCGUUUGUCAAUAAAUAUGCUGGUCGCAUUGACUACGUCUGCAAAUACAAGUGUGAAGCCGGUUUCUACAACCCCGACAUGGGUUCUUACUGCUACUACCCCUAUGGAAACGCAGAGCUUAGAAACAACACGUUUGAGAUCCUGGUGAACAAAGACAACUUUGAGAUCCUGGAGUGGAAGGACGGUUCCUAUGGUUUAGUGCCCGAACAUUCAGUCAGAACCUGUUCCAGUGGGGACAUAUAUGUUGGGAAGAACAAGUACGGUCUCGGGAAAGUAGAUGUUAAGAAUGAGGCCUUUUUCCUUCCCUGGGAAGGUUAUGAGUAUUUUUACAAGAGCUACCAGGUCCUGACCUAUAAGGUUGAUGUAUACAGCGAGCACAUGUACAACGUCAAGUACAACACUAAUGGGGCUGAAAUCAUCCAGUAUCCUCCGGAGACCAUGCGCAUCUCUGCCAUCACCAACUAUCAGUGCAGUUCAGUGAUGAAAACAGCUACUCUCUCAGUGACAAAUCGGUUGGAGAAAAUGUGGAACAUCGGUUCUUCCAUCAUGUUCGGUAUCAAGAAGACCUUCACUGGAGGAGUCCCCGGGGUUGCAUCUGGAAGUAUUGAGAUCGGCAGUGAGGUGUCAUUCCAAUUCUCAGGAGGACAUACUGUGACAGAAGAGUCCUCCCACUCUAUUUCUGUGGAGAUCACCGUCCCACCAAACCACUACUGCAGAGCCCUCAUGGUGGGACAUAAGUACAAGGCAAACAUCCCUUUCACUGCUCACCUGAGCCGCACCUACAGAAAUGGAGACACCACUUGGACACUGAUCUCUGGGACGUACGACAGCACCCAGAUUGGAGAAGUCCAAGCUGUGGUGGAGCGAUGUGAACCUGCACAUGAUGCCAAACCUUGCACCCAAAAGAAACUAAGAUAAGCUAAGAGAUGUAGGGUGCCUAUGAAAUUCUGAUCCUGAAUCACUAUGUGUGACAGAAAAAAACUAUUUUGUGACAAAAUGACUCAUUGUACAUGUUGAAUAGACCUUGUCAAAAUAAAUUCUGCUUUCAUGUUU